AUGGCGGACUGUGAAUCCUUGAAGGAGACGAACCAUGGGACGUCCACCUCGUAUGGAACUUUGAUGGGAGUCGAGUAUCAAAGAGGAACUGGGGCUGUUCGUCUGAUCUAUUGUACAAUCAUUGCUGUGAUACUCUCCGGCAUUCGAAUUGUUUGUGAUCUGGCAGUGGGAUUUGCAAUUGCUCAUCAUUCGGCGUGGGUUUUCAUUUGCGUCUCGUUCAUAGAUUUGCUCCUUGCUGCGGCAGCGGCUACGGCGGCGUACUUUGCUUUGACCGUCAGACGACGGGGCAUCAUCGUUUUCGCCAUCACGUCGUUUCUGGAGACCGCAAUUUUCAGCUUGGCUUACUUUGUCGUAGUGACUCUG